AUGACCCAGGACCACUCUCAAAGUCAUUUUGUCCCAACAUCACGUUUCCUGGCAUGUGCGAAAAAUGAAUAUGUUUGGAAAUUAAUUGACUUCCUCGAAACGGCCUUGCAGGCGGAAGAAGGAGGGGCGAAAACAAAUGGUGUGAUGUUCAUGAGCACGAUUAUUGAUACUUAUUCUUACACAUUUUUGGUCCAUGAAGUGUUGUUUGGUGUUGUGAAAGCAGUAUUUAUCGAGGUCGUAUGCCUGAUGCCAAUUGUCCCAUAG